AAAUACACUUUGGGGAAAAGACUAUACCUGUGUUCGAAUACCCAUAACAUACUGUAUACUACAUAUUAAAUGAGUGUAUAUACUAUUAGUUAAUUUUAGGAAACUAAACGAACGGUAUCCUUCCAAUUCGUUAGUUGAUGCUGUUACUAUGCAACUUAUUGCUAGCUUGUUAGUAAAAACAAAUAAGACCUCUUACAACUUCAUUAACAAUGUCCAUUAAGAACGCUCAACGACUAACGGAAUUAAAUAUCACCAGUUACCUAACUUCAUAAUGGCUAUCAUGAUGUAAUUGUAAAACAAACUCCAAAUGCAUUUGUAGGUAGCUAGCUAACAGCCAUGGAAGAGAGUGAAAGGAUAGCUGCUCCAACUGUCAAAGAAGGUAGAGUAGGCUAUUCUGGUUGGGCAGGUACUGUUGUGUAGUUCCACUCCAUAGUAAGAAGUGAGGACGGAGAUAAUAGUAACAUAAUAUUCAGUGCGGUCUAAUUUUAGUAUAAUGAAGUCUGUUUUCUGUCCUCAGAUACAGAGCUGUGAAACCCUGUCUGCAGAUGAAGAGCAAUGGUUCCCAGUCCUGUUCCUGGGGUGCACAUUUUUAUUUUUGCCUUAGCUGAUUCAAAUGAUCAAGUCAUCAUCAAGCUUCAAGUGAUGCCUUGCAACUUGAGAUUUCUUCAAAACGAUUGCCUACAGUCACUGUGUAGGGCACUGCACAGUUGGGUGACCAGGGCCACCUGGUCUCGUGGGGGAUUUCAGGCAUCUGUGAAGGCUACCUGUGUCCUGCAUAACUUCAUGAUGAUGAACAGGAGGGGACCUGCAGCUCUCCACCAUGUGCCAGAGGAGAGGUCUGCUGCUCUCCAUCAUGUGCCAGAGGAGAGGUCUGCUGCUCUCCACCAUGUGCCAGAGGAGAGGUCUGCUGCUCCCCAUCAUGUGCCAGAGGAGAGGUCUGCUGCUCUCCACCAUGUGCCAGAGGAGAGGUCUGCUGCUCUCCACCAUGUGCCAGAGGAGAGGUCUGCUGCUCCCCAUCAUGUGCCAGAGGAGAGGUCUGCUGCUCUCCACCAUGUGCCAGAGGAGAGGUCUGCUGCUCUCCACCAUGUGCCAGAGGAGAGGUCUGCUGCUCUCCACCAUGUGCCAGAGGAGAGGUCUGCUGCUCUCCACCAUGUGCCAGAGGAGAGGUCUGCUGCUCUCCACCAUGUGCCAGAGGAGAGGUCUGCAGAUCUCCACCAUGUGCCAGAGGAGAGGUCUGCUGCUCUCCAGCAUGUGCCAGAGGAGAGGUCUGCUGCUCUCCACCAUGUGCCAGAGGAGGGGACCUGCAGCUCUCCACCAUGUGCCAGAGGAGAGGUCUGCUGCUCUCCACCAUGUGCCAGAGGAGAGGUCUGCUGCUCUCCACCAUGUGCCAGAGGAGAGGUCUGCUGCUCUCCACCAUGUGCCAGAGGAGAGGUCUGCUGCUCUGCAGGAUGUUGCCAGGAUGGGGGCCAACAACGCAGCACAGGAGGCAAUCUGUGCAGGAGACCUUCACCUCCUACUUCUUCAAAGAGGAUGCUGUUCCCUGGCAACACCAGACUACACUAUGCACAACCAAAGGCUCUUUUAAGAGCCAUCCACAUUGCAAUAAGUGUAUUCUUCCAUUUACUUAGCUAUGUCAACUGCAGUUAUUCAAUAAGUCUCUGACUUAUUUUCUCUAAGUCUCCUUCACUCCAUCCCUUUCUCCCGUAAUCCUCUAGGUCAGUGGUUCCCAAACUUUUUAUAGUCCUGUACCCCUUCAAACAUUCAACCUCCAGCUGUACCCCCUCUAGCACCAGGGUCAGCACACUCUCAAAUGUUUU